UCGCAUGUAUCGGCCACUGUUAAAAAAAGUCAGCCCGUUAGUUUGCACUCGACAAAGAGUAAACCUCAUGGAUCUAAGUCAGGUUCCGGUUCUCCUGAAGUUGUUAAAAUCGACAUGGAACCAUCACGACUGCCAAAAACCAAGGUCAAACCGUCAUCUAGUAAUGGCCUGGAAGAAGAAAAAGACCUCAUGAAAAUAAUGACCAAUGAACUCCAGUCCGUUGGACCAACCAUAUUAACUUACUUUCCACUCUUUAAAAACAUUUCAAAGUGCAACCUGGGAUCUCUAUCGCACAAAGUGGACGACGAUCCGAUCGAAGUUUCACGCAGAUAUAGACCCACAAUGAUGGAGGUUAUCACGGCGAUGCACAUGCCACAAUUUCUUAGAACGAGGAAUGACAUUUUAGCUUAUGAAGCACCGCAAAGAGUAUCGUAUCGGGAUGAAUUUACCACAACAGAUCCAGAAGGUAACAAUCCAGAAUCGGAUGAAGGACAAGAACAAAAGAAGAACAAAUCGGAAAAAGAUCCUCGAGACCAGAAUGAUGAUGAUCAAGAAGCCAAGGUUGAUUGAGUGAUCUCAUGAUCGGUGUGGGUGACUUGAUAACCUGUUUGCGGCAUGUGACAGAGAGAAAGCAUUCUUCAAAGUCCAACAAAACAUUCAGAGCUGCCUUCGUGUUGACAAAUUUUUAAAUGAUUUUUAAAACGUUUAUAACUGUUUCGUCUUGAC